UUUAGGAUUGCACGGUCUCGGAUAGCCACAUAGCUCAGAAAACCUAAAAAUGGAAAAGACAUACCGGUAUGCAGUAUAUCAUUAAAUGUUGUCUAAGUAUUUUCGAGAAAAGAGCGCCUACAUUUGCUUUUUAUGAUUACGGUACACAAUUCUGUUCAAGCAGAGCUAAAUCCCGUCCUUUCCUGCUUUGCACGAGCCGCUGCAGCACCGCGCCAGUGGAAGCGCUGCAGCCGGUCAGUUUUGCAUUUGCAUUUUAUUUUGCAGGAAUCUGAAUUUUAUUUAACUUGCAGGAUAAAAAAAAAAAAAAAAAAAAAAAACAAUUAACGCGAGAGUUUGCAAGUUGCCUUUCGACUGUACAACUGUCAAAGCUAUAGAGUGGAAUCGCGCAUGACCCAGCACAUUACUGUAGUACUGUACACGGACCCGGAGAUAAUAUCUAUUUAAAAAAAAAAAAAAAAAAAAAAAAAAAAAUCGAGCAGGAGCCCCACGAGUGACUGCUGCCCAUGACGAGUGCCGGUUAAGGAGCAAACUCCCGAGACAGCAGGUGUGAUUGCCAUGUAGCAUGAAAGGCAACACGCAGAGUGCACACCAGAGACCCCACGUGGGCGACACGGGCCACCCAGCCACUCGUGUUGGUGUGGGGAGGGUGAUUCCAACACGCCACACGCCAGGUAUGGCUGACUCCAGUAAGAGCACAGCACGCAGUGGGGGUCGAGGUCGGCCCGCCAAGCAGUCAGAAGAGACUGUCAAAAAAAAAGCUGCCACAAGCAACAAGCAUGGUGGUGCAGCUGUUGAGAAGAUAGAAGGCAAGAAAAAAGGACAUCCCAGAGCUGACAAUCAGGAGCUUAGGAACAUACCUGCAAGCAUGGUGGCUCAGUGGAAAGAAGAGUUUAAGAAUCGCUCUCGAGUAAAAUGCCCCAGCUCUGGGUGCUGGCUAGAAUUCCCCAGUAUUUGUGGACUAAAGUACCAUUAUCAGCGUUGCCAGGGGGCUACAAUAUCAGAGAAACUGAACCACCAGUGUCCUUAUUGUGAAGCUGCAUUUGCAUCUAAAACCCGUGUGGAGAAGCACAAGGCGUGGAAUCACGCUGAUAGAGUCUCACAAGAACCGACAGCUGGCAAUGAAGCAGACAAUGAAGUGCAGUCAACGCCAGUCAAGGGGAGUGCUAAGAAACGAGCCGCAGAAAAUUCUGACGCUUCCCCAAUCAGAAGCAAAGUGAAGAAGACGCGGGAGCUGUUCCAGCACUCUCAGAACGGAGAGUAUGUCACACAGAAAGCAGGCAGGAAACACCAGCAGGGGGCGGCCUCCGAGGCUUCUCCCACGACUCCGGGAGGCAGUGAGGAGGGCGAGGGAGGAAGCUUCCCUGAGGAGGACCCAGAACGAACAAGGCACAGAAGGAAACAGAGAACCCCGAAGAAGUUCACCGGGGAACAGCCUUCCAUUUCAGGAACGUUCGGCAUGAAAGGUUUGACCAAAUCAGAAGAGAAGGUAAAGUCUGGGCAAGGAAAAAAGGUUGUAGGAAACGCUUGUAAUAAAGAGCCUAAGAGGAAAGCACAGAGCACAAACCUUCGCAAGGACCCUGUCUCCUAUUCCCCAGGGAGCCUGGAGGAGAAGUGGCAGCAGGUUAUCACGGAGAAGGGAGAGGUUGUCUGUCCUACUUGUUCUCUCAUCUCCAGGAAAACUGUCCCUGGACUCAAGAAACACAUGGAGAUCUGCUUGAAGCUGCAGGAUGCCCUGAAGUGUCAAGACUGUGAAAAGCAGUUCAAGUCCAAAGCGGGCUUGAAUUACCACACGAUGGCAGAACACAUUAACAAGCCCAGUGCACAUAAAGACAGCUUUGCAGACGAACAGGAAGAACGGGACAGACUACGGAAGGUUCUCAAACAAAUGGGCAAGCUGAAAUGUCCUAAUGAGGGCUGCACAGCCACCUUUUCCAGUCUAAUGGGCUACCAGUACCACCAGAAGCGCUGUGGAAAAGACCCUUCCGACAUAGAGAAGCCUGUCUUUGUCUGUAAACACUGCAGGAAAAACUACAAAUCUAAGGCUGGCCACAACUACCACAUCCGAUCCGAGCACAGCACUAGUCUGAAGCAGUCGGAGCAGGCUGUUCCAAGGGAGGAGGAGGAGGAGAAGAUAGAGGACUUUGAGAGGACCCCCAGUGGCAGAGUGCGCCGCAGGUCUGCCCAGGUCGCUGUCUUCCAUCUGCAGGAGAUCGCAGAGGAAGAGCUGACCAAGGAGUGGAACAAGCGCAAGAUGAAGGACGACCUGGUCCCUGACAUCAAGAGACUUAACUACACUCGCCCUGGGCUUCCAAAAUUUAACCCCAAAAUGCUGGAUAACUGGAAGAAAGAAGUCAAGGAGAAAGGGUUUAUCUUCUGUGCAAAUAAUCACUGUGAAGCAGUCUACUCAAGCGUUUCAGGUUUAAAAGCCCAUUUGGCCAACUGUAACAAGGGAGGCAGCUCUGUUGGGAAGUACAGGUGUCUGCUGUGCCAGAAGGAGUUCAGCUCUGAGAGUGGAGUUAAAUACCACAUCAGCAAGACCCAUUCGGUGAACUGGUUCCGGACUUCAAACCCGGUCUCCCCAAAUGGCAAAAGGAAAGAACUCAACAAUGUAAAGAAAGACAGAAAGAACAGCACAGCCGGAAAGAAGAGAGGGAGGAAGCCUAAAGAAAGUCCCCCGGAGCCACCGCAAAAAGACACGGAAAAGGCUGAAUCAGAGACUAGCUCCACAAAUGCAACAGAUACCGCAGCUACAGCUGAAAACAAAAUCACUGGAGACGAGAGAAAAGACACACAACCACCUGCGAAGAAAAGGGGGCGAGUCAAGAAAGGGCCCAAUAAACCUUAACAAAGAAUGAUUUCAUAGUGCUUUGGCUGGGAUUUUGAAGGAAAAUGUUUAAAAAUAAAAAAAAUCAGGCUGUACAGUAAAUAUAUACACACACACAUACAUACAUACAUACACACACAGUAUAGGCAGUUACAGUUCAAGGCAUCCAUCCAGUUUUUAGGUUUCUGUAUUUUGGGGAUCUCCUGUUAUAUAAAGUCUAUUUGUUUUUUAAAUAUUUUUUAAACACUAGUCUUAUUCUUGUAUGUAUGUUUGUGUUUAAUGAAAGUGUUAAAAUGAGAAGUAGCUACAGUAUUUACCUCAUUGUGGUUAAUUUCUUACCACAGGGCUUGCUGUAUCAAUGGGGUCCAUACCUGUCUACUUUUUGGGGGGUGCAGGUGCGUGGCUAAGUAUGGGAACUUGCCUCGUGCACUGAAUGCAUGCCUGCCACAGGGCUCCCCUGGGUCCGAAACCCUGCCAGGUAGAUACGGAUUGCAGUAACCACACACCAGCCAUGACUUUUGCAGAAAGGUUUGCUGACAUAUGGGGGGUUAACAGUAGAGUUGUGAGUGAAAUACUGGAGAAAAUCUGUCCUGAGAGUUGCCUGGGAGAAGGCUCCAAAAUACGGGAGACUCCCGGUGAGUACGGGAGAGUUGACAGGUGUGGGGGUCAGGUUGGCAGUACAGUGUAUCUCAAUUCACUCAUACAACUGGAUAGCGGCAGCUGUUUCCACUUUCAAUAUCAGUUGGAAGAGUAGUUUUUUUUUUUGUUGUCCAACAUUUUCAGAACAGAAGGGGAUUGAAGAAUAAUUUGUCCUUACUGUAACUUUAAUGAGUGCAUUUUGUAUGGCAGCUGAAUAUACUGUAGAAUAUAGCAAGCAUCUUUUCCUCCUGAUUUUAAAUAUAUGUAUGUAAUACAUUGCUCCAGACAGUUAACGGGUAUGCACAUAUAUGUAUGUUUAUAAAGCUGUUUAUGCAGGCACUUCAGUGUGCAUAAGCCUUAGAUACCCAGGCUGUAUGAGUGUCUGUGGUGACCGCUGUAUGAAGGGUUCAAAAUAGUCUGGAUAUGGAAGAAUCAGGACCCCUUACCCAUCAUAGGCUGCAAUAUUUGAUAUUUGCUUGUUACCAUUACCUGACACAUCCCCUUGUAUCAGCUUUGCAUUUAAAUGACUUUGGGGAUUUGUAACGUUUAAUACUCCCAUCCCUGAGUAGCCUCUAAUUGUUGGAGCAGAGUAUAUUGUACCCCCAGAGCAUAUGUUUGUAAGGUUUUGUGUGCAGAGGCAAUGGUUCUGGGGUUGUGGUGUUUUGUUAGAUUUCCUCAUUAAAUACAGAAAAUUAAAUUCUCUCGCGGAUCAAAAGAAAUGUUAAGUCAGCAGCUAAAUACUAUAAUACUAUUUUUAUAAGUCACAACAGUUUUAAGCCAAGUAGCAAAUGUUAGUUGCACAGGAAGAAAUUAUGUUUACAAAAUAAUAGUAAUAAAAAAAUCCGGUCAAGUUUCAUGGAAGAUACUGGUAAA